CGGAGGACGGGACUGGGGCCGCCCAGCGCUCACCACUGCCGCUCUCUCCGGGACUGCAGCGGUGGAAGCUGAGCAGGAGGCUAAAGGAAGAGAUUUCAGGCCGUGGCACUAGAACGCAUGUGGAGCUCACAACAUGAGCCGGCUUCGGGCCACGCAGCCAGGCCUUCUUGUGUGCACAGUGACCGGCGUCCUCAUCUUUCUCUGCGUUAGGACUCUCACUCCCGAGAAGCCAGAGGAGGAGCCCACACACCCAGUGGCAGUGGAGUGCGGCUUUUAUCCUGACGAACUGUGUUCAGCUCUGUUUGAAGGGAAAGGGGUGGCCCCUCAAAUCGCAAAAUUCUGUAAAAUCCCUCAUGGGUCCGAAAUCCUUGCUUAUUUACACACUCCAGGAAACUGCUCCCAGACGGCCCAGAGGCUGCGUUUCAUCACCAGGCCCCUGUCUGCCGAAGAGGGCAACUUUCCUCUGGCGUACAUAAUCACUCCUCCGAAGGAGCUGGCCAUGUUUGUGCAGCUUCUCAGAGCGAUUUACGCACCUCAGAACGUUUACUGUAUUCAUGUUGACGACAAGGCCCAAAGGAAGUACAAGGCUGCUGUGCAAAGCCUGGUCAGCUGCUUUGAAAAUGUCUUUAUCUCAUCAAAGAGACAGAAAGCCGCUUCUGCGGGCCUUACAAGACUACAGACAGAUAUUAACUGCAUGAGAGACCUGGUCCACUCCAAAUUUCAAUGGAACUAUGUCAUUAAUCUUUGUGGGGAGGAUUUUCCAAUCAAAACCAAUAAAGAAAUCAUACACUACAUCAGAAGCAAAUGGAAUGAUAAAAAUGUCACUCCUGGAGUAAUGCAACCAUCAACUCCUAAACACAAGACAAGUCAAAGUCACCCCGAGUCCAGCCCUACAGGAGGCAUCUAUGUCCCACCGAAUGAAGGAUUCAAACGUGAGCCCCCCCAUAACCUAACGAUUUACUUUGGAAGUGCUUACUAUGUGCUUAGGAGAAAGUUUGUGGACUUCAUAUUGACUGACGUCCGUGCAAAGGACAUGCUGCUGUGGUCCAGGGACAUCCACAGCCCAGAGCGCCACUACUGGGUGACCCUGAACCGACUGAGAGACGCUCCAGGUGCCACACCAGAUGCUGGCUGGGAAGGAGAUGUGCGAGCCAUCAAAUGGAGAUCAGAGGAAGGAAAGGGCCACGAUGGAUGUAAAGGCCACUACGUCCAAGACACCUGCGUAUAUGGACUAGGAGACCUGCCGUGGAUCAUUGGGUCGCCUUCUUUGUUUGCCAACAAAUUCGAGCCCUCGGCAGACCCCCUUGUGGUCACGUGCUUGGAGAGGCGGCACAGACUUAAGGUCCUCCAGCAGGCAGAAGUCUCUGUAGACCCGCACUGGCGUUUUCAACAGCAAAGUCACUUCAACCUGAAGCCCAGCCACUGA